AGCGUUCAGUUUGUCCUCUCAGGCUUGCCGUAGUGUUGUGAUCCAUUUAGCGCGCAGUUUAACAUCAACCGGAAUCGAGCUAGAACAACAGUGCAAAUAUAAACCUUCUAUGGAACUAACCUGUCACCUGAAUUGAACGCACUAACUCACUGAUAAUACUUAUAUAUUAAAUCCAUGGCUUACAUAUCUGUGAUGUAGUAAUGAGCUCCUUGGCUGUGAGUGAAGCAGACAGAGCUCCGGGCUGUUUCUGGGUAACUAGGGCUCGUUAGCGGUACAUGCUAGCAACACGUCUCAGCAUAACAGUCAAGCAGAGGAAACGACAAUGAGAAGGAGUCUGGCUCCCAGUCAGGUUGCUAAACGCAAGCAAGGAGAUUCAUGUGACGAUGAGGAAUGGACAUGUAACACUGACAAAAAAAAAAAAACCGAUAAUGAGAGGAGAGAAAGCCACAUUUCUCCAUUCAGAAAGCCUCUGACACAGCUGAACAAACUGCCUGAAUGUUUGGAUGGUGACAAGCAUGAGGCAUUUAUUCGAAGUAUCCUCUCCAAGCCAUUUAAAAUUCCUAUUCAAAAUUACACAGGCGCGCUGGGAAUCAGGGCACUUGGUCUAAAGCGCGCAGGAGUAAGGAAAGCUCUUCACGAUCCCUUCGCAGAAGACGCUUUGGUUCUUUAUGAACCCCCGAUUCUGAGCGCUCAUGACCUGAUCAAAGCUGACAAAGAUAAACUACAAAUCCAUGUUGUUGUGGAUCCAGUUUUAGGAAAAGUACUCAGACCCCAUCAGAGAGAGGGGGUGAAGUUCCUGUGGGAGUGUGUGACGGGAAGGCGUAUCCCCGGGUCGUACGGCUGCAUCAUGGCAGAUGAGAUGGGCCUGGGGAAGACGUUGCAGUGUAUCAGCCUCAUGUGGACCAUGCUGCGCCAAAGCCCUGAUGUAAAGCCCGAGAUAGACAAGGUCAUUGUGGUUUCACCGUCCAGUCUCGUACGUAACUGGUACAAUGAAAUAGCAAAGUGGCUGGGCGGACGCCUCUCACCAGUGGCCAUCGACGGAGGUUCAAAGGAGGAGAUCGAUAGAAAACUAGUGAACUUUGUCUCUCAACAUGGUUUGAGAGUAGCCACCCCGAUCCUGAUUAUUUCCUACGAGACAUUCCGCCUGCACACCGCGGUUCUGCACAAGGGAAAAGUUGGACUUGUCAUCUGUGACGAGGGUCAUCGGCUGAAGAACUCUGACAACCAGACCUACCAGGCGCUGAAUGCCAUGAGUGCCCAGCGGAGGGUGCUGAUAUCAGGCACCCCAAUCCAGAACGACCUACUGGAGUACUUCAGCUUGGUCCACUUUGUAAAUGCUGGGAUCCUAGGUACAGCCCAGGAGUUUAAAAAGAGAUUUGAGCUUCCCAUCCUCAGGGGUCGAGAUGCAGAAGCCAGUGAUAAAGACAGACAGAUUGGAGAGGAAAGGCUCAAGGAGCUGAUCAGCAUCGUCAACAGAUGCUUGAUCAGGAGAACAUCUGACAUCUUGUCUAAAUAUCUUCCUGUGAAAAUUGAGCAGGUUGUGUGUUGCAGGCUGACUCCUUUGCAGUCAGAACUCUACAAGCGUUUCCUGAAACAGGCAAAGCCCAUUGAGACAUUACAGCAGGGCAAAACAAGUGUCUCCUCCCUGUCUUCCAUCACCACACUUAAGAAACUGUGCAAUCACCCAGCUCUGAUCUAUGAGAAGUGUCUGCAGAGGGAUGAGGGCUUUGAAGGGGCGCUGGAACUCUUUCCCUCUGGCUACUCCGCUAAAGCUGUGGAGCCUCAGCUCUCUGGGAAAAUGCUGGUUCUUGAUUACAUUCUGGCAAUGACAAGGUCUACAACUAGUGACAAGGUGGUGCUCGUUUCCAACUACACUCAAACACUGGACCUCUUCGAGAAGCUCUGCAGAUCUAGAAGAUACCUCUAUGUGCGACUGGAUGGAACAAUGUCCAUCAAGAAAAGGGCGAAAGUUGUGGAAAAAUUCAACACUCCGUCUAAUCCAGAGUUCAUCUUCAUGCUGAGCAGCAAGGCUGGAGGAUGUGGCCUGAAUCUGAUUGGUGCUAAUCGCUUGGUUAUGUUUGAUCCUGACUGGAAUCCAGCCAAUGAUGAGCAGGCGAUGGCGCGGGUGUGGAGAGACGGCCAGAAGAAGACCUGCUAUAUCUACAGACUGCUCUCCACGGGGACGAUUGAGGAGAAGAUCCUUCAGAGGCAGGCACAUAAGAAGGCCCUGAGCAGCUGUGUGGUGGACGAGGAGCAGGACGUGGAGCGCCACUUCUCUCUGGGCGAGCUCCGAGAACUCUUCCAUCUGAACGAGGAGACCAUCAGUGACACACAUGACAGGUUUCGCUGUCGCCGCUGUGUGAACGGCAGGGAGGUCCGGCCUCCUGCAGAGGCCUCCGACUGCACCAGUGACCUCUCCCAGUGGAGCCACUGCUCCGACAAGAAGGGCCUGAGGGACCAGGUGUUGAAAGCCUCCUGGGACGCUGCCGUCUCAUUUGUCUUCCACCAGCGCUCUCAUGAGGACCAGAAGGGCGUAGUAUAGCAGGAGGGACUAAACAGACUUUGUCAAAAGACUACAUGUACCGUUUGUCCUGAUAUUUAUUUGUUAUUCUGUUUUUUUAAAUGAAAGAGAGGAGCAGGAUUGGUUAUCUUUCCGUUGUGAAUCCAGUAACUUAUGCACAUAAACAACUACACUUACUGGAUUUGAACACAUUUUAAUAGCACAUGCACACAAACCAGUACGUUUUAGUACUUCAUGCAGGCGACUAGUGCCGAUAUAAGUCGGUGCAUGAUUGUGUGUGUGUCUCUCUAUACGAGUGCCGCUUCAUUUACCAUCAUCAGUGUCUUCAAUGUAGAGUCGCUGUACACGGGUACAAGUGGAAGGUUAUACAAAAUAUAAUAAAUGUUUGUCAAAUACAA